GGUAAACCGCAGGGGGCGUUACCUUGCAUCGGAAGAGGUUGGAAGUUCCCUUACUGCAUCCCGGAAUUGUCAUCACGCUGCUCGUUCUCGGCCAUUUUUACAAGUGCAAGCUCCGAAAUAUAACAUACAAUACAACUGAGUUGUUACCGUUAAUAUCUUCGGAGUACGCUACCCCACUGAGACGUGAACAGUAGUCAUGUCGGACUUUAUUGAAAGUGAGGCAGAAGAGUCGGAGGAGGAGUUUGAGGAGAAGGACUUAAAACCUAAGAAGAACCAGAGAUUUAUGGAAGAAGAUGAUGAAGAGGAAGAAGAGGAUAACCUAGAAGACCAGGAUGAGAAAGGGAAUUUACGUGGCUUCAUUGACGAUGGAGAAGAGGUAGAAGAGGAGGAAGAAGCAGAAAAAAGUGGAAGUGGAGGGGGGAGUGAUUCAGAGGAGGAAGUGAGGCGCCGACAUAAAAAAAAGCGCAGCUAUGAUGACUACCUGGAUGAUGACGACCUUGACCUAAUUGAGGAAAACCUGGGUGUCAAAGUGAAAAGGAGGAAGAAGAAAUAUGACCGUGUAAAAACACUGGAUGAUGAUGAAGAUGAUGACGAGAAGGACUUGAUCGCAGAUGAGAUCUUUUAUCCGGAUGGUGAGGGGGAGCUGGAGGAAGGCGAGGCUGUUGAUGAACCUCUGCAACAGCCUGAUGAUGACGAAGAAGGAGAGGAUGAAGAAUCAGAUAUCGAUGACUUCAUUGUGGAUGAUGAUGGCCAGCCCAUCACCAAAAAGAGGGGCAAGAAGUUCUCAGGAUACACUGAUGCAGCGCUCCAGGAGGCUCAGGAGAUUUUCGGUGGCGACUUUGACUUUGCUGACUUUGAUGCUGAUGCCUAUGACCAGGGUGAGGAGGAGGAAGAGGAUCAAGAUGAAGAGGGCUGGGACCGACCCAAGAAGCAAACUAAGAGGAGGCUGGGGAGGAAAAGCAUUUUUGAGAUCUACGAGCCAAGUGAGCUCGAAAGUAGUCACAUGACUGACCAGGACAAUGAGAUCCGCUCCACAGACAUGCCUGAGCGGUUCCAGCUGCGAGCUAUUCCUGUCAAACCUGCUGAGGAUGAUGAGCUGGAAGAGGAAGCAGAAUGGAUCUUCAGACAUGGGUUUUCCACUCUUACAAUCUCAAUGCAGGAGAGCACAGAUUACCUAGACAGGGGCACAACCACAAACUUCAGCAGAAAAGGUCCCAGCACAAUUGCCAAGAUCAAAGAGGCCCUCAACUUCAUGAGGAAUCAACAGUUUGAGGUUCCUUUUAUAGCUUUCUACAGAAAAGAAUAUGUUGAACCAGAGCUCAAUAUCAAUGACCUGUGGAAAGUGUGGCAGUGGGAUGAAAAGUGGACUCAGCUGAAGACCCGGAAGCAGAACCUGACGCGUCUGUUUCAGAAGAUGCAGUCCUAUCAGUUUGAGCAGAUCUCUGCUGACCCUGACAAACCUUUGGCUGAUGGUAUUCGUCCUCUGGACACUACUGACAUGGAGAGGCUGAAAGAUGUACAGACUCUUGAAGAGCUGAGUGAUGUCUACAAUCACUUUUUGCUCUACUACGGACGAGACAUCCCCAAGAUGCAGAACGCUGCCAAAGCCAACAAGAAGAGGCUCAAGAAGAUCAAAGAAGUGUCAGAGGAUGGAGAUGAGGAGGAAUUAGAGGUAGAAGAAGAAGAAGAGCAGAAAGGACCUGAUCUCAAGUUGGCAUCCCGUAGGGAUAUGUACAGCAUCUGCCAGAGCGUGGGACUUGAUGGCUUGGCUAAAAAGUUUGGUUUAACUCCAGAGCAAUUUGGAGAAAAUCUGAGGGACAGUUACCAACGUCACGAGACAGAGCAGUUCCCUGCUGAGCCAGUAGAGCUGGCCAAAGAUUAUGUUUGCAGUCAGUUCUCUACUCCAGAGACAGUGCUGGAGGGAACUAGGUACAUGGUAGCCAUGCAGAUUGCUCGGGAACCUCUGGUCAGACAUGUUCUCCGACAGACUUUUCAGGAGAGAGCCAAGGUUAACAUCAAACCUACAAAAAAGGGCAAAAAGGAGGUAGACGAAGCUCACUUUGCCUACUCUUUCAAGUAUCUUAAGAACAAGCCUGUAAAAGAACUGAAUGGGGAUCAGUUCUUGAAGAUGUGCCUUGCAGAGGAUGAGGGGCUACUUACCAUUGAUAUCUGCAUAGACCUUAUAGGAGUUAAAGGGUAUGCAGGGGACCAGACGUACUUUGACGAGAUCAAACAGUUCUACUACAGGGACGAGUUCAGUCACCAGGUGCAGGAGUGGAACAGGCAGCGAACUUUAGCCAUAGAAAGAGCUCUCAAUCAGUUCCUCUACCCUCAGAUGGCCAAGGAACUUAAGAGCAAACUGAUCGCUGAGGCCAAAGAGAGCAUUAUCAGGUCCUGCUGUCGCCGACUGUAUAACUGGCUGAAAGUGGCUCCGUACAGGCCAGAUCAGCAGGUUGAGGAAGAUGAUGAUCUGAUGGAUGAGAAUCAGGGAAAAGGCAUCCGAGUGCUUGGUGUAGCCUAUGCGCCCAGCAGAGAUACUCCAGUAUUCUGUGCUCUGAUCAACGGGGAGGGAGAGGUGAUGGACUUUCUUCGUCUGCCCUACUUCAUGAAGAGGAGGAACGCCUUUAGGGAGGAUGAGAGAGAGAAGAAGGCCAGUGACAUUGAAAAUCUCAAGAGGUUUCUGUCAGGCAAGAAACCUCAUGUAGUAGCUGUUGCUGGAGAAAACCGAGAUGCCCAAAUGAUAAUGGAGGACAUCAAGAGAACUAUCGGCGAGCUUGAGCAGGAGUCCUCUCUGCCUGCUGUAGGAGUGGAACUUGUUGACAAUGAACUGGCCACGCUGUACAUGAACAGCAAGAAGUCUGAGACUGAUUUUAGGGAUUAUCCUCCGUUGCUGCGACAGGCUGUUUCGAUAGCCAGGAAGAUCCAGGAUCCCCUGGUGGAGUAUGCUCAGGUCUGCAGCACUGAUGAGGAUAUUCUCUGCCUCAAACUACACCCGCUGCAGGUGGCCGAUGGCAUCUACCAGCAUGUUGAUGUGAGAGAAGAAGGCAAAGAGAAUGCUUUCAGCUUAGGGCACACUCUCUGGAUCAACAAUGAGGAGUUUGAAGAUCUGGAUGAAAUUACUGCUCGGUACAUUCAGCCAAUGGCGUCAUUUGCCCGGGAUCUGCUGGGGCAUAAAUACUUCCAGGAGUGCAACGGGGGAAACAGGGAGAAAAUGGAGGAGUUGCUGAUCCGGACAAAGAGGGAGAAGCCCACCUUCAUUCCUUACUUUAUUUCGGCAUGCAAAGAUCUACCAGGAAAAUUCAUCCUGGGCUACCAACCACGUGGAAAACCACGGAUUGAGUAUGUGACUAUUACCCCAGAUGGCUUCCGCUACCGUUCACAGAUUUUUCCUACGGUGAAUGGGCUAUUCCGGUGGUUUAAGGACCAUUAUCAGGAGCCUGUGCCAGGCAUCACUCCCAGUAAUAGCAGCCGAACAAGGACGCCUGCCUCCCUGAACGCUACCCCAGCCAAUAUUAACAUUGCAGACUUGACACGAGCUGUCAACGCCCUCCCACGCAACAUGACAUCUCAGAUGUUCAAUGCCAUCGCCGCAGUCACGGGCCAGGGUCAGAACCCCAACACCACACCUGCACAGUGGGGCUCCAGCCAGUACGGCUACGGUGGCAGCACAGGAGGUGGAGGGAGCUCGUCUGCCUAUCAUGUGUUUGCCACACCUCAGCAACCUAUGGCGACACCCAUGAUGACGCCCAGCUACUCGUACACCACACCGAGCCAGCAAGCCUUGGGCACGCCGCAAUACCCAGGCUCCACCCCCCAGUCUUCACAUUCUCAUGCCCAUGCCCACCCACAUGGAAGCCACAUGUCACAUCAUGGCCAUCAUGGCCAUCACAGCAGUCACCACGGCCACUCAUCGGGCACGCCGUCAUCCUCCACCUCAUCCCGAGGACGGACGCCACAGCAGCAGCCAAAGCCAAGCGGCAGCAACUCCUCCGCGGUGGACUGGGGCAAGAUGGCCGAGCAGUGGCUGAAGGAAAAGGAAGCAGAGGGCCGAAAGAAAGCUCAGAGGAUGACGCCACGACCGUCACCCAGCCCUAUGAUCGAGAGCACACCAAUGUCAAUCGCCGGAGACGCCACGCCCCUGCUGGAUGAAAUGGACCGAUAGGGGACAAAGGGGGGCGUUGCUGUACCCCCCCACACACCCAACUUUGUCCCUUUGUACUGCUUCUUCACCCAGAUAACCCAUUACCCUUUCUCUCCCCAACAUCCCAUCAGCCCCAUCUUCGCCUUGACUCUUCAUGUUUUCCCUUCACCUCAUGAUAUUGUAGCUGCAGUUUUCACUCUGGUGUCACGGCUCAUAUCAGCCCACCCCAUCUCUCGUCUUCCCGUCGACCCAUCAAAUGUUUCAUAACCUCACCUCCAGCCACCUCACGCUAUGGCUGCAUAGUAUUUUGUACAGUCAGAAUAACACUGUAUACAUCAUGCAAAACGUCAGUAGAAUGACAUAAAGAAAGGAGAAAAAAAAAACACUUGAAGUAUACGGAAGCAGUUACGUAUAGGAUAUGGACCUACACUGACAUUGAAGGACAAGCUGUCUCUCUUUAUUUUUGCCAUUGGUUUUAGUUUGAUCAAGGAAAUAGGUCUGACAGACGGGGAACAACAACCCGGUCAUGAUUGGCGGAGUUUUAUGAGCAGUUGCCAAAAGAGCGCUUUGCCAAGCCAAUGAGGAAAUUGAAUAUUUGUAUAAAUGCGUCAGAACGAAUAAAGACUUUUUUUUCUUGUUUGAAUCUUAA